AUGGAGACAUCCGGGUCGACAUUUGAGGUGGCCCUGUUCACGGCGGGGCUGCCGACCCAGGAUGAGUGGCCCACCUGGUACUACCGGGACCUCGCCGGCGCGCUGCAGGGCCCCUUUGAGGUCGGGGCGAUGGUGAAGUGGUUCCAAGACGGCGCGCUGCCAGGGGACCUGCUGGUCUGCGGCGUCAGCUGCCUGGACCGCGGCGCGCGGCCGGCCGGGUUCGGCGGCUUCCGCCCGCUCAAGGCGCUGCUGGCGGAUGCCCAGGCGGGGCGCAACUACGUCCCGGUCCGCGCCAGCGGCAAUGGCGGGGCGGCGGCGGCGCUGCGUGGCGGCUUGGGCGCCGGGGGGGCGCAGCAGCGGGGGCACCUGGACCAGGGCGGCUCGGACGUGCAAGGGGCGCUGCAGUAUGCGCUCCCGCAGCACUUUGCGGUGCAGCAGCAGCUGUCGCAGUUCCAGGCGUUCUCGCAAUUCACCCCGCAGCAACAGCAGCAGCAGCAGGCUUUUGCCCAGCAGCUUGGACAGCAGCAGCUCCAGCCGCAGGCCGCUCACGGCGGCCGCGGCGCACGGCCGGGCGUGCCCGCCCAGCAGCAGGGGCGGCAAGUCGGCGGACUGCAGUUUGACACGCCGCUCCCCACAGACCCACGCGGAACCAAGGCGCCGGCCCCGCAGGCGCCGCCGCGCGCGCCGCCCGCCGCAGGCCCCUCGCCGCCGCUCCCCGCCGACGCGGCGCCGGCAGGCGCGGGCGGGCCCGAGCCCGGCAGCGAGGAGUGGGUCGCGAUCGUGGGGCGGCUGGUGGGCGGCGGGGACCUCAAGUGGCGCGCCAUCCUGCCGAGCGGCGACAGGGUGGGCCCCUUCAGCGUGGCGCAGAUGACGGCGUGGCUGCUGCAGGGCGAGCCGCCCAAGAGCAUGAAGGCGCCCGCCAAGGGCGGCGGCGGCUCGCGGCACGGGUCGGGCGACAUGCGGCCCGACCCUGACGAGCUGCUCGUGUGCGGGCUGCUGUCUUCGGACUACAACGCGCAGAGGCUGCCCGGGCUCAAGUUCUACAAGCCGCUCUCGGCGCUGGUUGCGCUGCUGGCGGGCGGCGCCCAGUACGAGCCCGUGAACAAGCACGACGUGACGCGCGGCUACCCCAAGCCGGGAGCGGCUCACGCGGCGCCGGCGCCGCGACGCCUGGCCGGCAGCCAGCUGGCGCGCCGAGCCCACCUGUGA